AAAGUCUUCGAGAAAUGCUUACGUGGGUCCCGAUCCUAUCUUUAACAUAUAGCAAUUUCAAUAGUUUAUACUGAUCUCUCACGCAAGUUCAGAACUAGCGGUGGUAUUAAAGGAUCAGGAGUGAUCGUUCAAGGCAUAUCUGCGAUCUCAUCGCUGGGAUUGAGGUUGAAGAUUACUUCCUCCUAUCUCGGAUCGCCAUCCUUAUAGCAGGACUUUCUCGAAGGCUGAAGAAGAUCUUAGAUAUCAGACUGGGUGGACUCUGCUCUCGAUUUCUCCUAUACAAAAAAAAAGAUUCUUUCUGGAAGUUUCUGGAAACCCAGUUUUACGAUGGAUUUCGGCUUGAGGCCACGAUUUCUGAUUCAUAUUCUUGUCAUCUCACUUAUAGCGUCUAGCAUCAUCAAUGUCGCCCAGGGGCAAUUCACAGCAGACGAGUACCUUACUCCGCACAAUGUUGCCCGAGCUGGGCUGAAUCAAGGCAUACCGAGCCUGAUCUGGGACACCACGCUGGAAUCGUAUGCUACUAACUGGGCCGCCACCAGAGCAGCUGCUGGUGACGACUGCGCUAUCAUACUAUUUUCUGGUGGACCUUACGGGGAGAACAUCGUAUGGUCCCCUGGACCGAGCACCCCAGCCGAUGCAGUGCAGACCAUGGUCAGCGGGGAGGCAUAUUACGACUACGCAACAAAUUCGUGCACGGCCUCAGAGGGUUUGUUAUGCGCUGCUUACGUGCAGGUCGUGUGGAGGAACACAACGGCACUGGGAUGUGGGUCGGCCACUUGUCCCUCUGGUGCCUUGUUCUUCGUUUGCAGCUACUACCCCCAACCUCAGCCCGGUCAGCGUCCUUACUAGACUUCCUCUACGAAUAGCUGCGGCCGUCGAGCGACUCCGAGCUUCAUCUUUGCUGAAGUGGUGGAC